AUGGCUCUCCGUCUUGGUGACAUUGCCCCCGACUUCGAGGCUGAGACCUCGAAGGGCCCUAUCAAGUUCUCCGAGUACGUCAAGGACUCGUGGGCCAUCCUCUUCUCGCACCCCGACGACUACACCCCCGUCUGCACCACCGAGCUCUCGGCUGUCGCUCUCUCGGCCGGUGACUUUGCCUCGCGCGGUGUCAAGCUCAUUGGUCUCUCGGCCAACGAUGUCGCCAGCCACGAGGGCUGGAUCAAGGACAUUGACGCCCUCACCGGCUCGGCCGGCGCCAGCAACGUCGACUUCCCCAUCAUUGCCGACAAGGACCGCUCUGUGUCGACCCUCUACGGCAUGCUCGACAACCUGGACAAGACCAACGUCGACGCCAAGGGUAUCCCCUUCACUGUCCGCUCGGUGUUCAUCAUCGACCCCGCCCGCGUUAUUCGUCUUACGCUCACUUACCCCGCCUCUACGGGACGCAACUUCCCUGAGAUCAUUCGCGUCAUCGACAGCCUUCAGCUCGGCGACAAGCACAAGAUCACCACCCCCGCCAACUGGAACAAGGGCGACAAGGUCAUUGUCCACCCCUCGGUCCAGGGCGAGCAGGUCCAGAAGCUCUUCGGCGACGACGUCGAGGUCGUCUACCCCUACCUCCGCUUCACCUCGGACCCCUCGACCAAGAAGGCCGCCAACGGCUCGGCCUAA